GCACUUGGCCAACCAUCGAAUAAUUAAAUUUUUUUUAUUUUUUUUGUCCAUGGGGUUCAUUGCCUUCUAUAAGACUAGACAGAUAUGGGUCUAAUACAGACCAGUCGUUAAAAUGGAAGAUUUGAGUCGUUAAGGAUGCUUCCAAUAUAGGCUAUGGGCUCCCGUUAGGAUAAUUUUCCUUAAUUCAAAGAUGAAACGAAUGACACUACAAACAAUACAUUAGGUAGGCUUUGUUACAUUAAUAUCCAUAUGAUUAAGUACACAAAACACAUUCACCUCUGAAAAUAGCAAUUUGUCAUUAGAUCAUUAGGCAGAAUCUGAUGUGCUAAUUGUGAAUCCAUCCUACGAUGCCAGAGGGUUUACGACGGGAGGAGUGCUGUGUGGGGUGCACGCGCCCUUCAACUCGUUCCAAGGCGGUCUCAUCUAACGCGAAACCCCUGUAACGGGGUGCGCUAAAUGAGCGUUAUUGGCGAGACAGGGCGGGACUUUCGGUGACACGGGAUAGAAGGCGAGAAGCGAGAGAAAUGGAGGGACCUCGGAUAAGGCCGGUCUGGAUAAUGCUUUGUAGUAUGAUUAAUGAAAGAAUACGUCAUUAUUUGCCUUAUUGUUGUUGUUGUUAUUGCUAUUGUCUCUCUCUGGAGACAGUUUACUAGCGUACAAAGCUCAUAGGAAGUAAGAUACCGGAAAUGACGUUGCAGUAGACCAGGAAUUACGCUACAAUUCAUGAUCUCCUCUCAUCCUAACAUGCACUCAUUUCUGGGCGCAACUUGACGUCAACGCGCAGUUCUCAUCCGAGUAUUAACCAAAUUAUGCACACCCUGUUUUCAUUCGGACUAUGUCUUGGGAACAUUGUACAUCUAUCCAUCUCAACUUCUCGGAGGUGUCUCCCGAAUACUUUGCUCCAAAAGUCUCAAGCCUAAAAGUAGGCUGCUAAGGACCUGCCUUGUAACAGACUGUCUCAACACCAUUGCAGGCAGGGAAUGUGUUUCUGAACAUAAAACUGCAUGAAGUUUGGUUGCAUGUGUGCAUCAAGUGGCCAACUAUAGAUUGAGCCAUGGGAAACGUGUUCAGCUGGCUCAUACAGCCAGUCAGUGAUGAUGAGGUGUUUCCCACCAAUCAGGAGUCUGAAGAGGGUACAGCUCCUGAGCAGGAGUCAGAGGGCCCUGAGGUCCCUAGGCCCCUGGAGACCUUACCGGAAGACAUCCUGACUAGCAUACCUGUUGUAACAAAGGAGGCAUCUCAGUUAAUCGUGGGACUUGUUGCAGAAGCUAGCGAAGAGCUGCAAUCCGUGGCUCUUGCAGCCACAGAGGCACUUGGCAUUAUUCCAUACCCUGAAGUGCCUGAGCAGCACAAGCCUCAGGGCUUGGCAGUUGAUCUCCAGGACACCAAUGUAUUUGGAAAAGAACCUUUGAAAGAGCCAGACCCGAUUCCUCAGACUGUACCUGAACCCAAUCUGGUCAGAGAAUCUGAAGCAAACACAGAUUUUUUUCCAGAACCAGAAUCCAUCACAACUCUCCUACCAGAGAAUGUUCCUGGACUCAAACUCAUGACAGAAUCUGUACCAGCCCUGGAAUCCAUUCCAGAACCUGAAUCCAUCACAGAUAAGUUUCCAAAACCUAUUCUUGAACCCAAAUUAAUCGCAGAACCAGAAUCUAACUCAAAAUGUGUUGCAGAACCUGAAUCGAUCCCAGAUGAAGUACCAGGGCUUGUUCCUGAAGCCGAACUCAGCACAGAUACAGAAAUAACCCCAAAAUACGUUACUGAACCUGAAUCAAUUACAGACCUACGAUCAGAGUCUAUUUCCGAAUUUAAACUCAUCACAGAUAUGGAUAUAACCAUUAAAUGUGUUCCAUGUCAAGUACAACAAUCUGUUCCUGAAUCCAAACUCAUUGCAGAAACAGAACCAACCCUAAAAUCAAUUCCAGAAUCUGAAUCAAGCACUGAUCUAUUAGUAGAACAUAUUCCUGAACCCAAAUUCGUUAUAGAAUCAGAACCAAUUCCGAAAUUUAUCACAGAGCCGGAAGCCAUUCCAGACCAAGUACCAGUACUUGUCCCUGGUACAGAAAUAACCUCACCAUGUAUUACCGAAACUGAAUCACUUUCAGAGCUACGAUCAUAUUCAGAGCUAAUCCCGGAAUUUAUUCCAGAACCGGAAUCCAUCCCAGACCCAGUAGCAGAGCCUGUUCCUGAACCCAAACUCAUCACAGAUACAGAAAUAUACCCAGAAUACCUUACAGAACCUGAAUCAAUGACAGAUCUACGAUCACAGUAUAUUUCCGUACUCACAGUCAUCACAGAAUCACAUCCAAUCCAAGAAUGCAUUCCAAAACCCACGUCAAUGGAAUGCAGAGUACAAGAACCGGUCCCUGAACUCCAUCUCAUCACAGAUAUGGAAAUAACCCUGGAAUGUGUUCCAGAACCUGAAUAUAUUCCAUGUCAAGUACAACGAUCUGUUCCUGAAUCCGAACUCUUUUCAGAAUCUGAACCAACCCUAGAAUCAAUUCCAGAUCCUGAUUCCGGAACUGAUCUAUUAACAGAUCAUACUCCUGAAACCAAAUCCCUCACAUAUUCAGAGCAAAUCCCGGAAUUUAUUCCAGAACCGGAAUCGAUCCCAGACCCACUACCAGAGCCUGUUCCUGAACCCAAACUCAUCACAGAUACAGAAAUAACCCCAGAAUAUUUUACCAAACCUGAAUCAAUGACAGACCUACGAUCAGCGUCUAUUUCUGUUCUCAAAGUCAUAAAAGAAUCCGCACCAAUCCAAGAAUGCAUUCCAGAACCCAAAUCUAUGGAAUGCAAAGUACAAGAAGAAGUCCCAGAACUUGAACUCUUCACAGUUACAGAAGAAAACCUAGAAUGUGUUCCAGAAACUGAAUCUAGCAAUGAUCUAUUAACAGAUCAUAUUUUUGAACCCAAAUUCUUCACAUAUUCAGAGCCAAUCCUGGAAUUUAUUCCAGAAUCGGAAUCCAUCCAAGAACCAGUACCAGAGUCAAUUUCUGAAACCAAACUCAUCACAGAAACAGAAAUACCCCCAGAAUGUAUUCAAGAACCUAAAGCCCUCCUUGGCCCACUACCAGAACCUAUGCCUGAACCCAAACUCACAGAAUCCGAUCUAACCCAAGAAUGUAUUCCAACACUAGAACAUAUGACAUGUAAAGUACAAGAAACAUCUCUCAAACUUGACCCAGAGACAGAAAUUAAUAUAGACUAUAUUCCAGAACCAGAAUAUAUUCCAAGUCAGUUUCUACAAGAACAGGUUAUUGAACCCACACAAAUUGCAGAGUCAGAACUAACCUCAGAAUGCAUUCAAGAACCUGAAUCAAUUCUAAACGCAAUACAAGUAAAUACGCCUGAACCAAAACUCAUCACAGAUACAGAAAUAACCCAGGAAUGUACUCCAGAACCGGAAUCAAUUCAAGACCAAGUACAAGUGCCUGUUCCUGAACCCAAACUCAUCACAGAAUCAGGACCAACCCCAGAAUGCAUCCCAGAAGCUGAAACCAUAUCUUGCCCACUACCUGGAGCUGUUCCCGAACCCAAACUCACAAAAUCAGAACCAAUUGAAUUAAUCACAGAUUUGGGGCAAUCCCUAGAAUUUACUAUUCUUGAACCCAAACUCACAGAAUCAGAACCUAGUACAGAAUGCAAUAGAGAAACUGAAACUGAACCUUUUCCCGAACCCAAAUGCAUCACAGAAUCAGAAUCCAGUAGGAAAUGUGUUCCAGUACUUGCCCCCAUCCCAAGCUUGCUACCAGAAGGAAUUUGUAAAGCCAAACUCACCCCAGAAUUUAUCCCAGAACCCGAACCUAUCUCAGACAAAGUUCCAGAGCCUGUUCCUGGACCCCAACCCUUCCAACAAUCCGAACCAUCCCUAGAAUGUAUUCCAAAACCCGAAUCCAUCCCAGAAAAGGUACCUGAACCAGAAACUAAUCUAAUCACAGAAUCAAAACCAACCACAGAUUUUCUUCCAGGACCUGCCUUCUUCCAAGAUCUACUAGCAGAACCAGUUCUUGAACCCAAACCCCUAGGAAAAGUAACACUGGGAUGUCUUCUAGAACCCAAAUGUAUCCCAUGCCAAGAACCAGGGAUUAUUUUUGAACCCAAACCCAUUACAGAAUCAGAACAAGACACUGAUUGCAACCCAGAACCUGAAUCCAUCCCAGAAAAUGUACUACCUAAUUUCAUCACAGAAUCUGAAUCAACCCCAGAAUGUUUUCCACAACCUGAUUCCUUCCCAGACCAAGAACCAAAACCUAUCCCUGCAGCUAAGCCAAUCACAGAAUCAAAGCCAAGCACAGAAUAUGUUCCAGAACCUCAAUCAAUUUCUGAUCUACUACCAGACCCUGUUACUGAACCAAAACUCAUAACAGAAGCAACCCCGGAAUGUCUUCCAGAACCUGAUUCUAUCUCAGACGCAGUAACAGGACCUAUUGCCAAACCCAAACUCAUCACAGAGUCAGCGCCAAUCCAAGAAGGUUUUUCAGCAGAACCUGUUGCUGAACCCAGUCUCAUCACAGACACAGAGCCAAUCCCAGAAUGUUUUUCAGCAGAACCUGUUGCCGAACCCAGUCUCAUCACAGAGUCAGCGCCAAUCCCAGAAUGUUUUACACUAGAACCUGUUGCUGAACCCAGUCUCAUCACAGAGUCAGAGCCAAUCCCAGAAUGUUUUACACCAGAACCUGUUGCUGAACCCAGUCUCAUCACAGAGUUAGAGCCAAUCCAAGAAUGUUUUUCACCAGAACCUGUUGCUGAACCGGAACUCAUUACAGAAUCAGAAGCAACUAAACAAUGUGCUCAACAGCCUGAAUCUAUGCCCAAACAAGUACCAGAAGCAUUUCCUGAAUCCAAGCUCAGAGAAUCUGAACCAACCCCUGAAUGUUUUCCAGAACCUGAAUCCCUCCCAGGCCAAGAACCAAAACCUAUCCCUGCAGCUAAGCCAAUCACAGAAUCAAAGCCAAGCACAGAAUAUGUUCCAGAACCAGAAUCAAUUGCUGAUCUACUACCAGACCCUGUUACUGAACCAAAACUUAUAACAGAAGCAACCCCGGAAUUUCUUCCAGAACCUGAAUCUAUCUCAGACGAAGUAACAGGACCUAUUGCCACACCCAAACUCAUCACAGAGUCAGUGCCAAUCCCAGAAUGUUUUACACCAGAACCUGUUGCUGAACCCAGUCUCAUCACAGAGUCAGAGCCAAUCCCAGAAUGUUUUACACCAGAACCUGUUGCUGAACCCAGUCUCAUCACAGAGUCAGAGCCAAUCCCAGAAUGUUUUACACCAGAACCUGUUGCUGAACCCAGUCUCAUCACAGAGUCAGCGCCAAUCCCAGAAGGUUUUUCAGCAGAACCUGUUGCUGAACCUAGUCUCAUCACAGAGUCAGAGCCAAUCCCAGAAGGUUUUACACCAGAACCUGUUGCUGAACCCAGUCUCAUCACAGAGUCAGAGCCAAUCCCAGAAUGUUUUACACCAGAACCUGUUGCUGAACCCAGUCUCAUCACAGAGUCAGAGCCAAUCCCAGAAUGUUUUACACCAGAACCUGUUGCUGAUCCCAGUCUCAUCACAGAGUCAGAGCCAAUCACAGAAUGUUUUACACCAGCACCUGUUGCUGAACCCAGUCUCAUCACAGAGUCAGAGCCAAUCCAAGAAUGUUUUUCACCAGAACCUGAUGCUGAACCGGAACUCAUUACAGAAUCAGAACCAACUCAAAAAUGGGCUCAAGGGCCUGAAUCUAUGCCCAAACAAGUACCAGAAGCUUUUCCUGAACCCAAGGUCAGAGAAUCUGAACCAAUCCCAGAAUAUAUUCCAGAACCUGAAUCCCUCCCAGGCCCAAUACAUGAAUAUAUCCCCUGCAAAAUCUCAAAACGUCUUCCUAAAAAGAAAGGAAAACCCAGACCCAUCUAAAUGUCCUAAAUGUCUUGCAGCUCUUUCACAGAUCAAGCUACAGGGCACAGAUCAGCUGGUCCGGGAGGUUCUAUCCGAGCAAGUCAGCAAGGGAUCCACAUCGGUGGAACCCGUAUUAGAUGGUACUUCCCAAUUUUACGUGAACCCUAUCGCUGACUAAGUGGACCAAGAGGUGCAAACAGACUUCCCUUGGGAUGAAUCCCAGAGCAGCAGCGUGGGGGCUGUAAGCUCCAUGCCUGAUACAUGGUGACUCCCCAGGGAGGGCGUAGAGGUGUACAGUAAGGGUGUGGGGUAUUUGAAGCAGUUUGAAAAAAUAAUAAUCUGACCAAUAAAUGAAUGGACAGAGGCGUCUCCAAGGCAUUACAAUGAGUUGGGAGGGCCUUUUUCAACAAGCCCAUUGUGAACAAUAAGAUCACUGCAAUUCCAGAUUGCAGAUGCACAACCUGACAUAAGGGUUGGGAUUCUUGUUCACCCCGAUGUUUUUCAUGUUAAGCAACAUAUUUUCUUUUGAAAUUACUUGAUCCUAAUGCAUGUCAUAAUUGGGGUUUAACCAGUGUGGUAAAGAUAUUCCUUAUGUGUCAUGUUUUGUUUUUAUUAUUAAUAGGAAGGAUACAUUUGCUAAUCUUUCUAGUUAAUGACUUAAACCCUUUAAAUGUGUGAAAUGUAUUGCUGUAACGUUACAACACUAUUUAUGAAACUAGUAACAAAAGCGAAACAUUGUAAAGCUAAAGGGAAGGAGUAUUACAAACCCUAGAUCUCUAAUCCUAGAGCUGUCUGUCUAGAUCAGGCAUGGUCAACUGGCGGCCCAUGGGCCGCAUACGGCCCGCAUCCUCAAUCAGUCAGGCCCGCACAUAAUUUAAAAAUAAAUAAAUAAAUAAUAAUAAUUGAUCGAGUUACAGAAAACCCGGUCAAGAAAGAUGAGAAGCAGAGUACCUGUUCAUAGAAUGAACAGGUACAUGGCAGACACAUGGCAAAACCAUGUGUCUAGUUUGCUUAGAAACUAUAUCAGUCAUGAAAGAUUCCCACUUAAGUCGCCACUACAACUACUACAACUGCAAUUAAUGUCAUGCUUGUUGGGUCUGAGUUCAUUGAAUUGUUGCACUUAAUGUUGGGCCACUGUUUUUCAGUUUUGUGAGAUCAUUGAAUGAUGAUGUAUGUGAGCCCUUUGCCAUUCAUGUGGCUGUUUGAGCAUGGAAAACAUGAAAUUAAUGUAUGUUGAUAUGUUCAAUUAACAUACCGUACAUAGGUUAUGAUUCUGGACCAUUUUUUAGGUAGUGGCUAUCCCAAAAAUGCACCAGAAUACAGGAAAUCAUAUCUACCUAAUUCAAAAUUUUGUAGCUUCUCUCAGUUUACGUUUAGUUGAAGUGCGCAGUCAUGUGGUCAUGAUGAAAAAUGUGACCCUCUUUAUCAUGAAAGUUGCCCAUCCCUGGUCUAGAUCCUGAUCUAGAUGUCAGAUGACAGUAUUCUUGGACGCAAUUAAUAACCAUAUAAGGAUGUUAAAUACAUAGCCUGAAUAGAGAUAUUAUAAAGUGGAGAUUUGGAUCUUUCCUGUUGUGAAACUUGCUCUUUAAAGUAGUCUUAAACAAGCUAAUAAGUAUGUAUCCUCAAGACUUGGAGGCAACAUUAUAUAGUUUUCUUCUUUUUAGAUCCUAACAGUUUAUUUUAAGUGGGUGUAAAUAAAAAUGGGAUGUUUAUGGGACUUAAAACAAAAAUAACCAUAUUUUGUAAAUUGGAACAUAUACUUCUAAAAGUGUUGGGGUAGAGAUUCAGUGGUGUUUCAUAAGCCUGGCCUUUGAAUGAUACCUUUGUUACAUAUAUAUAUGCUUCAGCCUUUGGGCUAGAUGGGAGCAAGGGGAAUUUGAAUACUCAUUAAAACAUUGAAUAAUGAGGCAGGCAAGAUAAAUGUUAAGAGCUUGUUUUAACAUGUUUCAGAGGUUCUAUGGGUGUUUCUCAGCAGUGAUGAUUCAUACCUCAUGCCACAGGCCUUCAGCUCAAUAAACAAACUGCUUGCCAUAUGA